AUGGAGGAAAGAAUGGGGCUUCUACUUCUGAUUCUGUUGGGUGCUGCUUGGGCUUGUGAUGCAAGACAGCAACCAAACCCUGGAUUGAACAGAAAAUCAGAUGUGUGUGCACGUUGUGAGGAUUACACUACUGAGGCACUUCAUUAUCUAAAUGAUAAAAGCAUUCAGACUGGGAUCAUUGAUGACCUUCACAAUAUUUGCUCUCAGAUACUCUCUUUCAAGCAGCUGUGCAUUGAAAUAGUGGAUCACUAUACUUCUAGUUUCUUCUCAGAAAUCGCAUCAGUUCAGCCAGGAGAACUCUGCGAACAGCUCAACCUAUGUGAAUCUGCAAUUUUUUCUUCACAAGUUCAAGGAAAUAGCUGUGGAUUUUGCAAAAAUACUGUUUCAGUCUUGCUGUUUAAGUUGAAUGAUCAUGAAUCUAAGGUAGAGAUGAUGGAGGCACUGUUAAAGGUGUGCAAUUCUAAUUCUAUGGAGAAGUUCGCAAAGGAGUGCAAAACGGUGGUUUUCAAGUAUGUAUUUCUAUUUAUACUCGCAGCAGAGGACUUAAUGAAAACCGAAGAUAUAUGCACUGUAUUGCAUGCUUGCCCAGCUUCCACUGCAGUUAGCAAGGAAGCCUCAACUCUGGAAGAAGCAUCCUUGCUUUCUGAUUCUUAA